AUGAGCUUCGUAAUCCGGAGGAGUCUCACCACUCUUGUUCCACCAAAGGUUGCAAACCCGGAGGGACUUGGAGCUGCCAAAGAUGCUGUUCGCAUGGCUAGAAUUGCGAAAUUCUACGAACGACUACCGAAAGGCCCCAUGCCUGAGAUCAAGCCUCGAGGUCUACUAGAAAGAUACCAACACAGAUACUUUGGAAAGAACCCAUCAGCUGCCCACGUUAUUCGAUUUCCAUUUCAGUACAUCUGGAGGAUUGCGCCUUUUAUUGUGAUCCUCUCCCGUCCCUACCGUAAAGCGCUCGAAGAAGCGCCCAUCCGCGACCUCCUACGUGGCCCGGAAGUUGUGCACAGAGCAGGAUCCAGCCUAGUGACCGCAACAACUCAAGCUGGCAACCCGGGUCCCUUGAUACAGGUACCCUCUCAGCCUUCUCAUAAUCCAGCUAGUCCUCUUCCUUCCAGAUCUCCGCCUGCGCUGCAAGUUGUGGUACUGGCAAACGAGUCUGACUCCGCUUUUGUGCAUUAUCCAGAUUCGAGUCUUGUUAUGGCAGAGCAGAGUGUCCACGAUGUGGUAAAUCAAACAAUGUCGGUCGGCGAUCAUUCGCCUGCCGACGCCUAUGAAGACAAAUCUACUCAUCAUUCCACUGGGGGAGAUGUCGCGGCUCUAGAGGCGAGUACAGACAACUAUGACGAAAAAAGGCCCAACCAAGAUGGUCAAAUAUUCCAGACUGAUUCAAUACACUAUCCCGUGGUUAAUGGACAAGCCAAUAGUGAACCUUCGAGCAUGGAACCAAGUCCUGCGGAUACUUUCACACAGGCAGACAGCAAUACCCAGGAUUCUGACUUCGAUGGCAACAUAUCCCGGAACCAAAGUGUGGGAGAUUUGAGCACCACAUCUGACGCCGAUAUUCGCAAAGCAGAGCCAUCGUCAGUAUUGGAGGAUGCCAAAAAUCAAGAUGUUAAUAAUGCCGCUCGAAGACCCGCCUCGUUCAAACCUGUAUCCUUUGCAAAGUAUUCAGCAGCGAAGGUUGCUGGCGUCAAUUCUGCAGCCAGAUCUGCAGCCGACAAAGUGCUGUCCUCUUCUGCCAACUCUUCUACCUCCUCACUACAGCUAGGAUCUCGCCCUCGGCUUGUUGCUAAAACCACGAGUGGACUACGCGACAACGCAGCGAAGUCAUUUAAGUCUGGGGGUAGGAAUGGUGCAGGAGGUCCUGAUCCUAUGCAAGUAUGGAAUAAGAACCGGCCCGCUCAACCUCCGUCGACCAAACACCUUACCGACGAGGAGCUCAAACAGCAGUAUGGGAUCCAUAUGACUUCGAGAAUCGAAGCAGAUGGAGAAAGUAAAGAGGCCAAAUGGGCAGAUAUUGAUGAUGAUGAAGACGAUUGGGCGCCCGAGACGAUCGAAUGGGCUGAUGGCACCAAGGUCACCCUAAAUCAUGGAAGCAACAUCCCAUUACCUCCUGGAGCGACGAACCUGGAAAAGCCUUCGGAAGAACAACCAAAAGAAACUCAGUCUGUAAGGCCCAAACCUCUACAAGCAAGCAGCUCUGUUGGCCCAAACGCUACCGUCCUAAAGCUAGGGGCAAGUGCUGAAAGGCAACAAGCUCAAAAAGCUACAAUCCUGCAGAAAGGCCCAUCAGAAAAGCCGGCGCCUUCGGCUGCGAAGAGUCCAGCACCUGUUCCUUCCAAGUCCCCAUGGGCUCCGCUUCCCCCUGUCGAGAAGGUGUCACCUAUUACCAUAAAUCCACAGCUACCAAUCCCAGCUCCGAUCCGAUACAGUCAUAUACCUCCAGGAGAUUCCUCCUCAGCUAUGGCCACAGCGACUUCACCGGCAAAGGAAAUCUCAGCGGACGACUUCAACAGGUCUUGGCGAGACUCUCAGUCCGGUCAGCCACGUGAGCUGUUCAUGCCCAACUCUGGCAGGUAUGAAGCUGUCAAUGAGAAUCGCAGAAGAGGCUCCAGGAACGACCAGAACUUCCGUGCCCCAGCGCUCCUGCAGAGACCUUCGCCAGGGGAUCAGCAUGCCCCUGCUGAGCCAUCUCCAGCAUUUCCAACUAGCCGAGUAAGCGCUGAUCAGGAACGUGGUCCAUGGAAUCGGCGACGAGGAUCGUCAAUUCAAUCUGCUGGAAGUGGUCCAUUCGGCCGUCGGAUGUCUGUAGGCAAAGGUGGCGAUGUCGCGCCAGUACCUCACGACAUAUCUCAACAACUCAGGAGCUCUUCUCAAAUGGGGCCAGUAGAUGGUGCGGCACCUUCACGUGGUGUCCAUGUUCAACAGAACAUGAACGUUCCACUGACAUCGUCAACAGCUGCACCAUCUGUGCAGGUGCCUGACAUGGCUAUUAUUGCAGAGCAGAAGCGCCUGAUGCAGGAGAGCGCUCGGCUAGCAGUACAGCGAAGACGAGAGGAAGAGCAGAAGGAAGAAGCGGCGAGGAAAGAAAGGAUACGUGUCAAGUUGGAGCAAAUGGGACCUCCACCAGAUCAAAAAGCCAAAGCUCAGGAGCAAAAGGCCGAAGUCCCACAGAAAACCGAAGAGCCAGUCAUUCAAGUAUCAUCGCCACCCAAGCCGCCGAUUCCAGAAGCCUCCGGCGAGCCCAAACAGUACGGUAUGAUGAAAGUCCAUCAUCCUGACAAUGUGAAGAAGUUCAGUCCGCCAGUCGAGAAGGUUGAGGCUUCAUUAGAUGCAAUGGUGCAAGCUGUGGAAACAUCGCCGAAGCCGGAGCCAGUGAAGGGCCCAAUUCCAGUCACAAACGGUGCCACUCCAGCUGGUGAAGCCUCCACCGAACGUCCUUCCAGCGAACCACCUCACAAUGUUUUACCACCGGGCGAGGAGAAUGUUCAGUCUUGGAAGAGCAUUCACCCGGUAAAUGAACGAAUCCCUAGUUGGAACAGCAAUCAUCAUCACUCAAGCCCAGCCACAAGCAGUCUCUGGGGCCCACCGAAUCAUGACAAAGCCUUGGGAAAUGGUACAUUCGAUCAACGUCUGACAGGACUAUCUGCUCGUGAUCUCCCAAUGCGUAGCAGUCCGCAACAACAGAGCUGGCUGCAUGGUAGACCACCAUCUCAAGAUAAAUCUCCACAAAUACCAUCCGUGCCACUUAUGCCGCAAGAGACUGUGCAUUCUGUCGUUCCGUUUCCAUCGCAUGAGCAGCGACCACUUGCUGCUAAUAGUGAGACUGAGUCUAUACCACCAAUCGGGAAGCCAGUGUCAAGGGCGCCACCGCCAGCGCAAGCUUUCAAUCAAAGAUGGCACCAGUCUUCAAACAUUGGGCCCACAGAUGACGGGGUUGUGGCGUGGAAGAAUUUUCAUGCGGUAGCGACUCGGGAAGAACGAGCAGAGAACGAGAGAUUUCAGCGCGACCUUGCAGCGGGCUUGGAGGAAGAAGCAAGGACUGGCAUCCGCAAAGCUCCUCAGUACACAUUCAAUGAAACAUGGAAGAAGGUUGAGCUUGGUGAUCAGGCAGGAGAUCGCCAAGUCACAUCUGUUGCCAAAAGCAACAUCAAUCCUUCUUUCUCCACCGGAAAUUCUUAUGGCGGCCCUGGUUCCAAUCUCAGCGUAGACCGAGCCACCAAUGGACUCCCGAUUCGUGGGUCCAGAUUCUUUCCAGCGGAGGCACGACGAGCUGUCACAUAUAGCCACCCCGGAUUUCCUCGAUCACCAUCUCCGCCUCCAGCCGAGGAGAUCGGAGGCGAUCACCCUGCCUAUGCUGGAGAUCAGAGAAGACCAGUCAUCAAUUUCCCCGUCCCGAAGGCUGUUGUCAAGCUCCCUAAACCACAACAAAAACCGACCCCUGCGCCCGCUGCACCUGCUCCACCACGCACAUUUGCUGCUGCCGCUGCAGCUCAGCCACCGCCUGCACCGCCUAAUCUGCGUGCCGUGUCGCAGCCUCUGGCCAGCACUCCCGAUUGGCAACAUCGGUUCAACGAUCUGUUUGGCAGGAAAUCAUCACCCAAGAAGCCGGUGCUCGCCGUAGCCUCAUCAACGAAAGAGCCGCUAGAUGUUGUACCGCUGAGGGUCUCGGCCGCGGUAUCCCUGCCCCCAAAAGAAGCCGACCCUCUCAAAGAUGCCGGAAAGGCCACUUCUAAAGACGUUGAGGACGAGGAAGAUCUCUUCGAGGAUCGAGAAGCUGCGUCAACACCCCUGGUACUGAUACCCAGGGACGUGCCUGAAAGUUUAUCACAUCCGGUGACUGCACCACAAUAUCGGCCAAAGGGCAGAUACUUCAAGACAGAGAUAGACCCUAUUAGUAUCACAUCACUCGAUGGAACAGAAGACUAUGGUCGUGGGGCCAAAGGUAGAGAGAUCAUCUUCUUCGUAAAUCUCCCAGGAACAGCCAAAUCAAUCAAGAAGACCAUGCCGAGGAAGGGAGGGAGUGGGUCUGUAUCGAAAGGACUCAAACCCCACAGUUACAACAAGCAUAACAAGAAGCCUCCGCCCAAGUCGCGGGAGUCUUCGGGGUCCUUCCAGAACAGCCAGCAGAACAACCGGGGCAGUAAUUCGAGAACGCCUCCGAUAGCGAAUGGUUCAGUACCAACGCCCCGCUCUGGAUUCUCCCAUCACAGUAGCAAUCACGGCUGGAGGGGCAGCCCCUUUGCUUCUGCUGGCGUUGCUCAUUGA